ACUUAUAGCGCGAAUUGAAAAUAAAGAGCGGUUCUUCCAAAAAUAUUGGCUCCCUCUCAUCUUUAUUUUCAGAAAAAAAAAAAAAAAACGUGAAAACUCCCAAACCCUUCUCACUCCCAAAUCACUUCUCACUCCCAAAUCACUUCUCACCAAUCGUUUCAAUUCAACAAAACUAAAACCCCUAAUCACAAGUGCUCUCUCACGCCAUUCCAAUUCAUCGUGAAUCCUCCAUCCACUCACUCAAUUUUUGGUUUCUUUUCCUUUCACUCAACAAAGCCCCAAAUGGUUCAAAUUCUUCACAAUAAGGUUCAAUUCAACUCACAGAGUAGAGCAAAUCGUUGAUUUUUCUUCACACAACAAAUUGUUCUAAUUCAUAUCGCCCGUAAGUGUUUUUGGAGUCUCAACUUUGUGAAAAAGAUGACACCAUAUGAAUAUGCACGGAGCAAAAGAAUUGAAGUUAUUAAUGAAAAGAUUCACGCUCUCAAUCUGCCAAUUCUCGCCCAAUCCCUUGUCAAAUCGUCUUCUGCCACUAAAAAACCUUCAUCGUCUGUGAAGGGUCGUUCAAGGUUUGUACAACCUGGAGCUCUUGAGGUAGCAAAUAAGAAGCGCCUCCGUUCGCAUGACUUACCACAAGCCCCUCCACCACCCACACAUGUGACACCACCACCUGCACCAGUCCAAGAGACAUAUCCACUAACUAGCAAGGUGACAACACUGCCGGAAAUAGUUGAGGUGACUGAACUGCCAUCUUCCCAGGCCACAUCACAUAAUCAUUCUAUUCCAUUCCCUGAUUCUGAAGAUGACGUGUUAGAUGAUGCGCCGAAUAUUACUAAAAAAAAGAAAUCUAAAUAUUGGGAUUUAGAAGUUAUAAAUGGGGCGGGUCAUGUUUCAAACAUGCGUUUAGUGGUGUAUGAUGUGUUGCUUGAAUCUCCUAAUGGAACAAGGAUAAUAACAAGAUGGAAUGGCCGUCAACCAGUGGGAGAAGCAGCUGGUUUUUUAGCGAGUUUUUUGGGUACCCUUGCUAGAAUGUAUAGAGACUUUCCAAUAAUGUUUGAAAGUUGGGACAAAAUUCCAGAGAAAACAAAAACUAAAGUUUAUGAUGAAAAAAUAAAGACAAAAUUUGUUGUUGAUGAUGGAGACAACAAAAGCUAUAUUUUGACAAGUAUUGGAAGGAAAUGGAAGGAUGAAAGAUGUCGGUUGUUCAAGGAACAUUAUAAAUGGGAUCUCCCAUUAGAAGUGAAUCUUGCGAAUUAUCCAUGUCAUAUUGACCCAACUGAUUGGGCUCUUUUUGUAGCAUAUAGGCGGAAGCCGGACACGCAAAAGAAGGCGCGAAAAAAUGUAGCAAAUAGGAAAAAGCUAACGACCCCUCAUACACUAGGAAAAAUGUCUCUUGCGAGGAAGAAAGAUGAGUUGGAAGUGAAAGAUGGUCGAGAAUACAGUAGGGCAGAAAUGUUUUCAGUUUCUCAUAAGGACUCCAAAGGGCUAUAUGUCAAUGAAGAGGCCAAGAAAAAAGCUGAACAAUUGCAAAUUGAAAUGCAAAACACUCCUGAGAAUGAAGCAUUUGUCAAAGUGUUUGGAAAAGAACAUCCUGGAUAUGUGCGUUCUAUGGGACUUGGGAUACCACCAUCUCAAAUCUCUACUUCUCACCGUGCUAGAGCGACAUCUUCCUUUGAGGCUAAUGAGAAGAUGUUGAAAAUGCAAGCCGAAAUCGAUUCACUUAAGGAUAAGGCUUCACAAGUUGAUAUCUUGAAGGAACAAGUGGCAUUUUUGAUGCAAAUGCAGAAUUCUAGAGAAAAACAGCCAACAAACACAGAAUCACCAAGAGAUGGUGUGCGCUCCUCCGAGUCUAGUUAUCGCCUUGAGAAUCAUGAGCAACAUCACUAGGGAUAUUUAGAUAAAUAUUAUGAGCUAAUGAUGAUGUACUUUUUUGUAAAGUCAACCAUUGAAAUUCACUUGUAUUUUGGUUUUUGAACGUUUAAGCUAACUUUAUUUCUAGUUUUAAUCAAAUUCAUUCAAUGUAUGGAUCUGAAUUUUAAGCUACUUGAUUUAUAGUUUUAAUUAA